UCAAGGUAUUCAAUAAUGGCGGAAAUCUCUGCUGAAGACAGUCCAGCAGGAAGAUCAAUCUUCUUAGACGUAUUUCGCAGAGCAGACAAAACCGAUGAUGGUGCUCUGUCUUUAGACGAGUUCAAAGCUUUCUUUAGCGAUGGAAUCUUGUCAAAUGAAGACCUGGAAAAGUUGUUCCAUGACAUCGAUACUCACAACACAAAACGUGCACUAAUUACAACUUUUUUGGCAUGUUUUUUGUUGUAUCUAGACUACUUCAUGAAGGAGAUGGGACCUUUCUCUGAGAUCUUUGCUAAUCUAGAAAGCAUGAACAGAGCUGUUAGUAAUGCUUUAGUGGAGUCUGCAAAGGCAUAUCCUGAAAAGUCUUUUAUUGGGAAAUUUACCACCCGUUUUCUUUUAAAUGAGAUUCAGGGGCAAAUGAGUUGUCUUGAACAUCACAUCAAUGCUGCAGUAGACCAUAUUGAUGAGGAAGAAGCCAAGCAAAGGCCUGAUGUUUGUCAAGCUGAAAUCACCAACAUGAAUGUAAGAGGAGGAAGGAUGAAAAGAAAAAUGCAGUCAUUUACACAGCAAACAAGUCUUGAUGCUAGCCAGCAGGCAAUGAGGCAUGGCUUGUCCCUGGAAGUGGAUCGACUUGGACAGCUUAUUGACAAGUUAGAAAACAAGGUCAAAUUUGAUGUUAUUGAUGAAGAAGAAGUGGAAGUUGGAAAAGAAAACUUGGUUAUUAUUGUGUCAAGGAAAUUUCAAGUUAAGGCUGGAAAAGAAUUUCGCUCCAACCUUAAGAGUUACAUCGCGGCAACUUCUCUGGCAGAGGGAUGUUUACAUCUCGGUGUUCGCACCAUCAGUGGAACCAACACAUUUGUGGUGUACGAGAUUUGGGCAAACAGCGAGGACUUGAACAGACACUUUUCAUCCGAUACUUCAAAGACAUUCAUGCAUGGCAAUAUCGACUGUAUGGAACAGCCUGAAGAGUACCAAAAAAUGGCAGUGCCUGCUUCAUGGUGCAGGGCGUCGACCAACUAAACAUUACUGAAGUUUGUAGGGAUGUAGCAUACAUUUUCAUCCUAUCUAUAGAUUAAGCCUUUACGUUUUCAAACUUAUUAAUAAUUCAUCAACUUAGACAAAGAAAAUCAUAGCUGAACGGUGUCACGGUCUUUGAAAAUGUGGUCAAUUACGGACUCUAGUAUCUGACAGCAAAAGGUUAGAACUGGGUGUCUGUAAUAGAGGUAAAGAUUAUUUGCAGUCCGGUCUUCUGAAGUGAACUGUCCGUAAUAUAGAGUUUUCCGUAUAAUGGAGGUGUCUGCAAAGAGAGGUUUGAUUGCACUUGUUAGUUUUUGGGAAUUUAACUAUAACUAUUGUUCUCCAAAAUUUUCACAUACGAAAAUAACCCGUUGACCAUCGAACACUGGAGAGGGUUUCUUCGGCUACAUUUUGAUGGUUCUGAGGGAAUAUGCACAAGGAACCACAUCUUAUUGCGCGCUCUUUCUUCCAGCCCUUGUUUUUUUUUUUAUUUCUCUACUUUUCGGGAGCCGUGUUGAAGGAGAAAGCUGAUGCCUGGUGUACAUGCCUGAGAGGGAAGAUAGCACACGUUCUUACCUUGGGUUGAUAAUCUUUAUUUUAUACAGUAAAAUUAACACGGGCACUUUUCAAUUCAGCAAUUAUACAUAACUUCUCUGUGGUAACUGACAGCGUAACAACUGACUGCCAUUUUCACUGAUCUGCCCAUAGUUUUGGUAAAACUAAACUCGAUUUAGGUCAUAUAAUUACAAAACAAAUACAUAUUAUUUUCCUACAUAAAAAUUUGUUCCUUUGAUAUAUCAGUUGUAACGAUGGAAGCAACACGGUCCAACCCACUUUACAGACUUGGAAAUGACAGUGGUUUUUGUCCCAAGUUCUCAUAACUUAACCUGCGUCACACGAAUACCACAUCAACGCGAAACUUUCUAGGACCAACGGUGUCUGUUUUUAAGGGGUUUAACUGUAUUGUAGUUGUAGGUAUGACUAGAUUGAUUCUUAAAUAGUUUAACGAAUUUUGAUACUGAUACUGGAACUAAAAGAGGUUUAAAUUAUAAGCGAUGGAGUCUUAUUGCUGUUCUAAUCAACAAGAAAUUUUUGAAUGAGAAAAGAAUUUAUUUUCUAGAGAAAAGAAAUUUUUGGCGGUCCUGACGGCCUGUGAAAACUAUCUUGAGAUACAGGAGAGGUUUUAUAGCAAACGUUCUUUGUCUAAAUAGAACUCCAGAUUUAGCCUUCAUUACCGCUUCUAACUCAAGACAUUUAUCUUAAAGUUGAACUAUGUCCCUCUGGUUUCAUCCUUGUAUAAAGCCACGGGUCACGUUAUUACACUAACGCAAAAGAGCUGGCUACUUUCAAGAAGAAGCCAUGAAAAACAAUCAAUGGCUAAAAACAAAACAAUUCCUUUUUAACAAAUUGGAGUUCCUUUGGACAAUGGAUGUUGGAGGUCUAUUCUAAGUUAAGUUAUUAAUAGUUAGAUACGAUAUCUUUUUAAAAAUGGCAUAAAUAAUCUCCAAGCAAAGUGCGCUUGGUAGAACGAAAAACAAAACACAUUUAUUAAAACGAGAUAAUUAUA